CAAAGAGAAGUUCCUGCACGAGGUGGUCAGGAUGCGCGUGAAGCAGGAGGAGAAGCUCAACGCGGCCCUGCAGGCCAAGCGCAGCCUCCACCAGGAGCUGGAGUUCCUGCGUGUGGCCAAGAAGGAGAAACUGCGGGAGGCCACGGAGGCCAAGCGCAACCUGAGGAAGGAGAUCGAGCGGCUGCGUGCGGAGAAUGAGAAGAAGAUGAAGGAGGCCAACGAGUCUCGCGUGCGCCUGAAGCGAGAGCUGGAGCAGGCGCGGCAGGUCCGGGUGUGCGACAAGGGCUGUGAGGCUGGCCGGCUGCGCGCCAAGUACUCUGCCCAGAUCGAAGACCUGCAGGUGAAGCUGCAGCACGCGGAGGCCGACCGCGAGCAGCUGCGGGCCGACCUGCUGCGGGAGCGCGAGGCCCGCGAGCACCUGGAGAAGGUGGUGAAGGAGCUGCAGGAGCAGCUCUGGCCACGGCCCCGCCCCGAGGCCGCGGGCAGCGAGGGCACUGCUGAGCUGGAGCCCUAGCGGAGCCUCCGCUGCCGCGGCGCCCACAACGGCAGGGUGCAGAGAGGAGGGGGCGGGUGGCGCUGCCCCAGCCCGGCCCCUGCAGCCCACACAGCACAACGUCUUACUGUGCCUAUUACCACGCGAGUGUUUGUAACCACAUACUUCGGAAUCCACUGCAAAAUUUUGUACUGGCCAAGUUCAAGCGAGCGAGCCGUGUCCCCCAGCUGCAGCCGGGACAAGGCCAGCUCGGCGGCUCUGGCAGGCCCCUCUGUUUGCCAGAACGUUCUAACAUUUACACUUUUGUUAUAAGCUAUUUAAAACCAAUAAGGAGACUUGAAAUUCAGAAAAUCAACAUGUUUUUUAAUGACUAACUUUUCAAAGCCCCAACACACGACGCCAUCUGAAGACCCGCGAUGGAGCGGGGGUGGCGGCUGCCCACCCUCCCCGCCCGGGAAGCCAUCACGGCUCAUCUGCGCCCGCGGCUGCGUGAGGACAGCAGGGGUUUUUCUUCAGAGUCUAUUUUUUCAGCGACAAGGACCCAGGUCUUCCUGCUGCUGCCAGGGAGAGCAGGGACGGUGCCGCGUGCUAGAUGAGCCCAAACACUGCCCGCCUUACGACUCCCACCGCCCGCCACGUUGCCGUGGACGCCAGCACCACCCGCGGGCCCGGGAAGGACGGAGCCCGGGAGCCGUGCUCAGCUCUCCGCGCCCCGGGCGCUGCCCAUGCUCCUCCACCGCAGGGCGGCGGGCACAACCUCCGCCCCUCGGGGAACGCGCUGCCACCACGGCGCCCGUUCCCACUCGGCCCGCGCCCCCGGGACUGAGGCUGCAGCAUUGGAACAAAACUUACAGCAUUACUUCACUUUUUCUUUUACUUUUUUUGUUUGUUCGUUCAUUUUAAACGUAUACUUAGAACUGCACUUUGUCAAAAAUCUUCCCUUCUCUUUUUAUUCCCCAGUUAACUGAGGUUUUUACCGAUUUAUAGAGCAGUUCAAAUCCUAAGUGCUCGAGUGCUUAGAAAUCCCCUCUGGUGCUUGGUUGAACAAGGGAAUCACAAGAAAAUGAAAAUGCAAAAACUGAACUUCGGGGUCGUCCUGUGCCUUCCAGCAUCUUGUACAGCAAAUCCUGACUCAUGUCUUUUUACCCCCAGAAUCUCUGUCUUCAGUAGCGACUGAGUCUGCCACUGUCAAAGUGAGUUCCUUGCAUUUAUUCCAGAUAAUCUCGUUUACUCUCAGCUGUUUAUGCAAAUUGUGUAAGGUUUCUUAUGCCCAGGCUUGAAAAAUGACUUCCCAGUAGACAAGAGGCGGCUACCCAUCCUAAAAUUACGGUAUUUAUUGACAUAAGGAAGAUCUGACAGGAAUUCUUUGCUUGAAUCUGUUCUGACACCCGGCAGCUGCGACGGCUCACGGAUGGAGAUUGCGCCAGUACAAACGGCCUUGGGAUCCUCGACCCGGCAGCAGCAAGCAAAGACCCGAGACUGACCCCGUGCGUGUGGGUGACAGAAUCGUCCGCAGGGUUUGCCCUUGGUUUACUGAGGGGGUCUCGGUGGCUGCUGGACCCCCCCCUUCUAAAGUGCAAUGCAAAAGGGACAUCAUGUAUAUGCAGCGUUUGUUUGGAAAUUUUUUCUUUUGCUUUUGUUUUACUUUUGCAGUUAUUAAAUUUGUAUGCAUGGGAUUUUACACCUCUGCCAUAGGUAGAUCCAUCGAUGGGCAUUAUUACCGUGUCUUGUAAAGGGUCGGUUUUGUUAUGCAACAUGCAGAAUGCUGUUUUUAGCCUUGUUUUACCAGAGUUGUGUUUUUCAGUCAUUUCUUCAAGGGAAACUAAAUGAUUUAGUUGGAGCAAAGCUUUACGUGUGUUGGCGUGCUUCUGUGUGGCUGUCCCCUGUCCCCAGUCUGAACUCAGUGAGGCCCAGGGGCUGCCAGGCUUGUCCCUUUGCCUCUGGGUUUUAGGCCCCCAGAGGGUGAAGGGCUUUCCCAGUCACCUUGCCCUCCUCCUCCCCGCCGGGCACCGUCGGUCGGUUCCACGCCUGCCCCGCCCGCUUCCGUCCCGUGUGUGCGGAAAGAGCUGCAUCCGCAGCGGUGACUCUUCCCCAAGGGGACUGCGUCCUGGUGAGGUCCAGUGUCACCAACUGUGUCCCGCCUGGGCCCCACGGCCAGUGGCAGGCUCCCCCUCGCCAGCGGCUCGCGCCCUGGGCCUGCCCGGGCAGUUCUUGUUGUGCCCGUCUCGGCUCACCCGAGUCUCUUCCCUGGGUGAGGGUGGAGGUGCCGGGGUCCUGGCGGGUGUGAGGGGCAGCCCUGGGCGAGGGCAGCCCCGGCCCCCAGGGUGUGCUGGCUGCAGGGCCGGCGCAGCUGCGAGUCGGUCUCGUUCAGAACAAGGGAGAGGAGGGACGGUUGUGCAGGCUGUGGACUCCCUGUGUGUAAAACCCAUCAUCGAAUGAUUGUGUAUUCAGUUUAAUUACUCAUUUCUACGCUGAAAGAGGAUUUUUAACGAAGGGAAAGAAACAACAGCAAUAACAUUCAUAUCUACGGAGCAGCUAACUCAUACACAUAAUAUCUGCUUUUCCUACAGAACUAGCCAAUGUAAAAACAAUUGCCGUGUAAAUACUUCUUUUCAUUUUACUCCGUUGUAUCAUACGUGUAUAUGGUGGUUCCUUUUUCAGAAACUUUUUCUUAUCUGAUAGUUGUCUUGUUUUCUGGGCUGUUUUUAACUGAGAAAAAAAAUGCUCACCUGCCAGAGGGGGCGGAGAAACCCCUUGGCCAGUUGCGUGCGUGACGUCCUAGCGGGCCUGGGCCGGCCUGGUCCUCCCACGGGGCUGGGCCCCCCGCCCCACCCCCACCCCCAGGGUCGGGAGGUGUUUUGUUCUUGCUCUAAGUCAGGAGUCACAAGUGACUUUUUUUUUCAAUUAAGGAAAGAAAAAAACCCACCUCUACCUUUAUAAGCACCCGGAGCCCUGCACCGUCCCUGCGUCUGCUGCUGCUAAUGACAAUACGAUGCUUACUCUGCUACUCGAGAACUAUUUUUAUGUAAUGUAUGCUUUCUUGUUUAUAAAUGCCUGAUUUAAAAAGAAAAAAAGAAAAGCUUGGCAUAUUUAUCUA